CAUCUUCCACGUGACGUCACACGUCGGAGGCGGAAGAAACGGAUUUGCUUUUUUAACUUGUUUUCAGUUUUAGUAAAGCACAAAUCUGGUCUGAGUUCAGUUACUGGAGGAUGCUUCCAAAGGAAUUAAUAUGAUGCUAGUGCACCCAGUAUUACUGGGUUUCCUUUGGUCACUCUUGAUUCAAGCAUCGAGUGGCCAAUCAAGCAGUGGCGAAUCCAACAAAGUAUAUGCUUAUUCCUACCAUAUUCAACAUAAUGGCACAACAAAUUCCAAAGAAAUACUAAGGAGCGUUCUUGGCGAAGAUCCAGACUUAGGAAUUGAACCACCAGAAGGCAGAAGCAUUGUCAAGACAUUCUCGAGCCCCAGUAUUCGCGGCUUCUUCACCAAAGGAGUGCUACCCGCUGGCCCAGUGAAUCGUAAUUAUAACCGCGGCUUUUAUAACACAAAUUCGGUGCUAGAUGGGAUUAAAAAAGUUGUUGAGGAUAAUCUGCAACCUCCCAGUCGCAAUAUUGCCACAGGUUUAUUGCCUCCAAUUUCGCCAGACAUAGCUCGAGAAUUUCCUGGAGACUUCAAUGCAAAUCAUUUGGGAAAUACCUUCCAAAAUCAAGAUGAUUUCCCGAAAAUACCUCCACCGCCACCACCAGUGAUUAACAAUAAUAAUGGAAUUUCUAGGGUGCAAACAUUUUCUAGAAAUACUCCAGAAGGAGGACGAAUUGUUGGGCAGCUGGAGACAUUUUCAUAUAAUCCACCACCAGUAACAAAUACUAAUUCUAGGUAUCAGGAAAAUUCUGAGGGAUUCCGCAGGAAGGAGAAUGUAUUAAAUAAUAACCAAGAAGUCACUGGACACCGAACACAAACUUAUUUCAGACAACAAUUUCGAACUGUCACUCCUAAUUUAGACAAUAACCUACAUCAAAACGGAAUAGAAAAUAGAAAUGUGGGACACAAUAGUAAUAAUAAUAAUAAUAAUAAUAAUAAUAAUAAUAAUAAUAAUAAUAAUAAUAAUCAAUGGUGGAAUGUAAUGAGCGUACUUGGUAACAACAACAAUAAUAAUAACGGCAAUACUCGUAACACAGCAAACUUUAACCAGCAGAUUGAUCACAAUAUUAACCAGAUAAGGAAUAAUUUAAAUAAUCAAAUAACCAGAGAAUUCGGAAGUAGAAUUAAUGCUUUUAACAAUCGGCAAAACUUUCAAAAUAAUCAUCCAAAUAACAACAUUCAAGGAAAUUUUAUUCCUGGUAAUACAGGUUAUAGGAAUCCAGUCCAAAAUAUUAACAGCCAGUUGCCUAAUAAUAUUCCUUUUCGUAAUCAUCAAAAUAAUGCUAAAACUUUCUUUAACAGUCAAAGAAAUAGAGCUAAUGCCUUUACUAAUCAAAGAAUUAACUCAUAUCCUCAGCCUUCACCAGUAAACAGUGCCUUAAGUAAUCACCAAAACACUCAGAAUUUUAACAAUCAAAGAAAUUUCAAUGCUGCAAACAACCAGUUUUUAAAUGACGACACUGCGAAAAAAGUUUUAAAUCUUAUUAACGACGUAAGUACUCAUUUGAACAAUUUAAAUAAUCAAAAUGAGAGACAAGGCGUUAAUAACAUUGGAUUAACUUGGGAUGAUGACAUCACACCUAAUGUGAAUAAUGAUUGGAGCAACAGACAACCUCAGUCGAAUGGAAGACCAUUCUCAAACGCCCAUUCAGGACCUUUACCGAAUCCAGUUGAACCUAAGCCGGUUGAAGCCCUGAAAACAAAGAUUGAUGCUCUGAUGGCUGGAAGAGGCUUCCAAGUCCCUUCCAUUCCAAUAAACGAUAAUCAGGGAGGAAAUUACAGAAAUGUCAAUGGUGGAGGUGUGGAGAAAUUUUUCGGGUUUGAUAGAGUUAUUGAAGGACCUAAUUCUUUCAGCAGAAACCAGAGAAGAGGCUAUGAAAGGAAUGUGCAGAUAAAUUCUGACACUGGAUAUCAGAGGUCCAACCAGUGGUCCACUAAUACUGUAAGGCGUCUGGAUGCAGAAAGCACUAAAGCAAAUUUCAGCAAAGACUUCAUUGAUGUAUUCAGAGAUGAUUUCUGAACCAAAUACUUAACUCCUGAAUUGUGCAAUAUGAGAACUAUAGUGACAAAAACUUUUUAAUAAUUUUUAAUGUUUCAUUUCUGUUUCCUGAGCAGGCAAUAGGUAAUUCUGAUAAAAAGGAAAAUAUGCAUUUUCUUGAGACUAUAUAUAUAUAUAUAUAUAGUAUUUAUAAUUAAAAGUAGAAACUCAGAAGCAUUAUUAAAAAUUCAAUGAAGGCUGAAAAAUGAAAUGAUGUGAGUUAAUUCAAUUUAAUCAAUAACAUAUAUAUGAAAAUAAUAUUUUGUUAAUGAAGAUAGUCAAGAUCUUUGUGAGCAUAUAUGAGUGAAUCUUACUAUGUCAUGUAAAGUAAUGAAUUUUAAAAUUUAUACUUUCUAAAUAAUUUCUAUAAGUAAACAUAAUUAAUGGCAAAAAAUUGUUUACGUAAAUAAAUUUUAAAUGAAUUAUUAUCACACUAUUUUCCUAUCAUCCCUUUUUGUGAAUGUGAGAUAAAGAAGUCAAUUUUUUCGAAGUAAAUACCUAACCGAAAUUAAUUGUAUUUCAAUAGCUAAAGAUGAUUACAAAUAUUUAUAAUUUAUUAAGUUCUAUAUUAAUAAAUAUUGUAAUGUAAUUUGCGUUACUUUAAAGAUAAUACUGUGUCUGUAAUACGGAAUAAUGAAUUUUUAAUUGUAUAGUAAGACAGAAGUGGAAGUGCAAAACUUUAGAGUCUUUUAUGACUAAAUACUCAAAAACGAGUUUCUCAAAAGUUAUUCUGUAACAUUUCUUAAGUUACUGGGGAAAGUUAUUGUGACACAUGAACCUUUGGUGACGGUUUUUACAAAUCAACAAAACCGUAAUACACACAGGGUGUUGGUGGAUGUUAAAUUUGAUUUUCUUCUGAAUAUUGCAACUUCUUAAGACUGCGCUGAAACUAUGUUUUCUGUUGUAAUUGAAGAUAUCAUUUGAAUUGUUGUUGUUGAAGAUCGAAAUUAUCGAUCAUUUUAUUAAAUAAAAACUGGUUUUAUUGUCUGUUUUAAA